AUGUCAACAUCAUCCGAAUCGAGCUCCAGCGAAGCUCGAGAGCUGAGGCUUGUUGGAGCUGUCGAGCUCAAAAUCGCUCUGGCUGAAUCAGAUACCUCGCUGGAAGCGAUAUUGAAGGUGUACCUUGCACCUCUAUUACUCAAGCUUGCCUCUGAUCACCUGAGCGUGCGCAACAAGGUCAUCUCGGUCUGUCAACAUAUCAAUACGCGCAUCACACUGCCAUCUAUAAAAUUACCGGUAGCCGCGCUCUUGAAGCAAUUCAAAGAGAAUCCAGCGGUUCCGCUAAUCAGACAUUUUGAUCUCCAUUACAUCCAGCAAGGACUUGAGCGGCUACAACCCGCUGAUCGCAUCGAGAUAUUCCCCGCCUUGCUCAAUGGCAUUUCAUCAGAUGUAGAAAGUUCGCCAACACAUGGCGCGGCACUCUUCAACCUCGUGCUCAGACUUCUGCCAUUCUUUACUCUCCCGCCAAGAGGAAGCAAAGAUGACGAUGCAUUACGAGCUCACCUUGGGUUCUCUGAACGGCCGGAGGAUGCUACUUUUCUUGCACUUUGGUUUGGAAAGCUUUUUCUACUUUCUAUCUCCCGUUCCUCGCUGCAGAACACGUCAGAAACCGACAGACCACGCUGUCCAGGACUUUCAGCCACGGAGUAUGACUUUCUUACACUUCAGAGAAAAGCAGAUACUUGGGACGACGCGAGCCCACAUGGACUAAAUUUAACCCAGUCCAAAAUCCUGGCAUUGAAGUUUCUAGGAAGUGGCGCUUUUACUGACAAAGAGCGGUUCUUGCCAGCUCUCUUUGCAUCUGCUGACACCAAUUCUAAUAUCUAUGAAUUCGGCGAAGAUUUGACGAAGCGCGCUAUACCAAAAAUCUCUCUUGAAGACCGAGUACUGGUAGAGCAGUUGUUUGAAAUCUACUUUGGUAGAAGCACGCCGGAACUUGUACCUUCGGUUCGACCAGCUUUGCAAACAAAGAUCCUUUCUCUCCUUGCAAAAUCAAUAAUUGCUACGACUUUCACGGCAAGGAUAACGGCUCUCGUGGAGCAGGGUUUGGUGCCACAAUCAAAUGUUGGCGAACAAGAAUCCGCAAUAAGUUCUGGGAGAGAGGGUUCGAAAUUGCAAACCGGAAUAUUCUCAUUCGUCACGUGGAUUGCCCGAAUGGGAAAUGCUCAGGACUUGCGGUCCAUAUCGGCCCCCAUAAUUUCAAAACUCAGGGAAUUUAUAACCGUUCAAGGAUGGCCGCGGGCCAACUUUGAAGGCAUUCGGUCCCAGAAUGAGCUUAGUCUUCGAGGUUACGCUUAUGAGAUCAUCGGCCUCUUGGCCAAAUCAAGUCCGGACACCACACUCCUGGAGGCUGAUCUUGAUCUUGUAAAGUGGCUUUUCCAAUCACUGAGCGAGGAAGCAUCUGGUGGAAAUAUUGCAGUAAGUGUGGAAGAGGCACUGUCAAGCAUCAUUGGAGCAUUGUCAAAGUCUUUGAAUGAUGAAGUUGCAAACCUUUUACGCGGUCUGCUACUGCACCAUAUGACCUUGGACGUCGGAGACCCCUCAGACUCUCAAAUACGCCGCAGUACAAGGUUCGUCGCCGUGCGUUUUGCUAAUCGGUGCCUGCCUUAUAAUGACCCAGUCGCACGUUGGAUCGACCUGCUUGCAAUUGGCGGCCAUAAAAAUGAGCGAAAUGAGGUUGUCGAGGAAGGAAAAAAGGGCUUGGAUGUCUAUUGGUACAGAAUGAGUCAAUCAACGGACCAGGUGCAGAUUCCUGUCCCAGGACGAGAGCCUGACUCAAAAUCAAGCUUCCCGCAGUUCUUUAAACUAAUCCAUCUAUUCUUUGUGGAAAAUGUGGAGAGGAUAUGGAAGAGUAACAAUGAGCGAACAACGCUGCUUUCUUCCGCUCUUUCAUAUUGUCGGAGAACAUUGCAAGUUGAAGCUUUCCAGUCCAGAAGCAUUCCAGUAAUUAUAGACGAAGACUGGGAGAGACGGCUGGAUAGUCUCAUCGCAACAGAUGAGGUUGCACGUGAAAAAUUCAAAGAUGCUAUCGCUUCAAUGGACUUUGGUGAGUCAAUCUCGGCAGGGAAGAAUAGCUUGACAAUCGAAGGUCGACUUUCUCUCGACGAAGCUCUUCGUAUCUACAUCCAAUCAGCAUUCAGGGGGUUUGUCGAUGGUGAAGCUUUCAUUGCUAUACAGUGCGGUGAAUAUCUCCUCGAAAUUUGCAGCUUGAGCCCCAACAAGGUUGUACAAAGUUUGGUUGGCGGCGUGAAAAAACUAGAGGAUCCCCUCAAGGCCAAUAAUUCGGCCAUCCGAUCCAUGGCAGCUCACGCUUUUGGACUGAUUACUUCCCAUGACGAAUGCUCCAUUGCGGACGUAUCAAUCAUGUCAGCCAAACUCCUUGAAAGGGCUCAAACCUGGAAUGAAUCUGUUGGAGCGGAAACGAACAAAGUACACGGAAGUAUAGUAGCCCUUGCCUAUCUUUUCAGCAGGCUCUUCUUUCGUGGCCGGGAUCAACUGGCCAUUGAUUGCGGCCUGCAAACCUACUUGGAGAUGAUCGCUCAAAUAUCUGAUGGAGCAAGGGAUUCCUUACUCCAGGAGGCUUCCGAUGUUGCCAUAAGUCAGCUUUGUUUAUUCUCCGUAAUGAAGACAGAGCAGAUAGGAACAUCCCACUCGCAGAGAUCUAUUGUCGCGAAGCUGUCCGAACGUGCUAUGUCUGGUGAUGAAAAAGCUAUCCUUGCUCUUGGAUAUUUAGGUAUGGCAACGCCAGAGGAGAGUGCUGAUGGGGCUUUGCUUCCAUAUAUUAUGGAACAACUGCAUAAGUUGCAUGAUUUGCGACAACCAGAAAUUCAAUUCACGGUGGGCGAGGCAUGGAGCUGUAUUUCCAUUGGCUGGGAUUCAAAGGCUCUCGUGGCAAAACUUGAUAUAGAAGGGUCAAAGCCUAGGCUGGCUGAGCGAGAAAAGACUCUUGAAACCGUUGUAGAGAUGGUUUUGGCUGAUUGCAAAAAGUCAAAACCAUCCCUAAGAAAGGCGUCUCUAAUCUGGCUAUUAUGUUUGAUACAGUAUUGCGGUCAUCAGCAGGCUAUACUAUCAAACCUUGAAAAUUGUCAAGCUGCAUUCAAGGGAUUCUUAGCCGAUCGUGACGAGUUGAUUCAAGAAUCGGCUGCUCGUGGGCUAGGGCUAAUCUAUGAAAAGGGCGAUCGGACUGCCAAGGAUGACCUUGUUCGGGAUCUUCUGACGUCUUUCACCGGCGGCGGUUCGAAGUUGGCAGGGAACGUUACUGGAGAGACGCAGCUAUUUGAGCCUGGUGAUCUUCCCACCGGCGAUGGCUCAGUCACAACAUAUAAAGAUAUUAUGAGUCUUGCAUCUGAAGUCGGAGAUCCGAGCCUUGUAUACCGAUUCAUGUCACUUGCGUCUCACAAUGCCAUUUGGUCAAGUCGUGCGGCAUUUGGACGCUUCGGACUAAGCAACAUACUCUCUGAAUCGAGCACUGAUGGGUAUCUGGCCAAGAACCCCAAGUUGUACCAAAAGUUAUACCGGUAUCGCUUCGACCCUAACCCAAACGUUCAAAAGGCAAUGAACGACAUUUGGCUGUCUCUCGUGAAAGAUCCAGCUGCCACCAUUAGCGCAAGAUUCGAUGAUAUAAUACAAGAUCUACUCCGGACAAUUAUUGCGAAAGAAUGGCGCGUUAGGCAGGCAAGCUGUGCAGCGAUUGCUGAUCUUAUUCAAAGUCAACCCUUCGGAAAAUAUGAGACAUACCUGAAACAAAUAUGGGGCUUCUGCUUCAAAGUCCUUGACGAUAUCAAGGAGACUGUGCGUGUGGCUGCGAUGGCCCUAGCAAGAGUUCUCACAUCGAUUACUGUCAGAAGCCUGGAAGCAGGUGAAUCGGGCAGCACCAAAGCAGGUGCGAUUCUAGCAGAAGUGAUUCCAUUUCUUUUGUCUCAGCUUGAGGCAAGCGCUCAGGAAGUGCAACUAUUCGCUCUCGAUACGCUUCUGCAGAUUGUAAAGAAGAGCUCAAGCCGCGUUCUUAAGCCAUUCAUUCCCGGACUGCUCGAGCGACUUCUUGGUUUACUCAGCAUUUUGGAGCCACAAGCGAUAAAUUAUCUUCAUUUGAAUGCAUCGAAGUAUAACUUGACUGAGCAAAAGAUUGACGAUAUGCGGCUCGCGAGCAUUCGAGGUUCCCCUAUGAUGGAGGCUAUUGAGAGAUGUUUGGAUUUACUAGACGAGGAAAGCAUGAACAUCUUCGUUCCGAGAUUGGAAGCGGCAAUGAAAGCCGCCGUCGGCCUGCCCUCUAGAGUCGGCUGCAGUCGUGUUCUUGUCUCUCUGAGCACACGUCGUAGUUAUCUAUUCCGACCUUAUGCAGAUCGCUUGCUUCAACUCGUUCAGAAGAUUAUUUUUGAUCGCAAUGACACUGUAUCAACUUCUUAUGCCGCAGCUUCUGGUUAUCUUGCAAGGAUCGCUACAGAUAAGCAAAUUUUGAAGCUCGAGGAGUUUGCGCAGAAUCUGUACUUCUCUUCAGAUACUGACUGUCUCUCAGAUCAACGGUAUAGAAUCAUAGCUGGCGAUACAAUCUUGGCAGUAUCUAAAACUGCGACUGAUAGGGUUGCUUCCCUCGCCGCGUCUUUUUUGCCUUUUAUAUUUGUGGCAAAACAUAAUCCUGCUUCCGAAGUGAAAGCUUCCUUUGAAAACGCUUGGGAGCAACUCGCUGGCGGUCGUCGAGCUGUUGCACUUUACCUGAAAGAAAUAAUACAGUUGGCAACGACACAUUUGGACUCAACCCAACAUGCUCUCAAACACGCUUCAGCAUUUGCAGUCGCUACUUCGGUCAGUAAUCUAGGAGAAACCAUUAGUCUCAGUGAUUGUGGGACCAUUUGGCCAGCUUUAGAAAAAGCGUUAGGUGGCAAGUCAUGGAAAGGAAAAGAAGCCGUACUAGAAGCUUUUGUCAAAUUUGUCAGGAAGUCGAGAGCUUUCUGGAAAGGUAAUGGCCAGAUAGCGGACCAGAUGCAAAUGGUAAGGUCUUUAUUCAUUCGAUUUGCCGUUCGAUGCAAUUGA